GCCUGGCCUGGCCGGGACAUGGGCGGACCAGCCGCGCCGCCCCCGCGGGGGCUCCGGGGGCUCCUGCCGCUGCUCCUGCCGCUGCUCCUGCCGCUGCUCCUGCCGCUCCUGCCGCCCCCGGCACAGUGCCUCAAAGGUGGUGCUGUGACUGUCCCAGAAACACUGCUCUUUGUCUCCACGCUGGAUGGGAACCUCCAUGCCGUCAGCAAGAGCACAGGGGACAUCAAGUGGACGCUGAAGGAUGAUCCCAUUCUGCAGGUGCCGGUGUAUGUGGCAGAACAGGGUCUCCUCCUUCCCAGGCCAGCAUUCCUUCCAGACCCCAAUGAUGGCAGCCUAUAUAUCCUGGGAGGAAAGAACAAAGAAGGCUUGAUGAAGCUGCCAUUCACCAUCCCGGAGCUGGUGCAGUCCUCACCGUGCCGCAGCUCGGACGGGGUGCUCUACACCGGGAAGAAGCAGGACACCUGGUUCAUCGUGGACCCCAAGUCAGGGGAGAAGCAGACCACCCUCUCAACAGAGGCCUGGGAUGGUCUGUGCCCAUCCAGCCCCCUGCUCUACAUUGGCCGGACCCAGUACGUCAUCACCAUGUACGACACCAAGUCACGGGAGCUGCGCUGGAACGCCACCUUCUCCGAGUACUCGGCCCCGCUGUGCGAGGAGUCCCAGAACUACAAAAUGGCACACUUGGCCUCAAGUGGGGACGGGCUGGUGGUGACCCUGGACAAAGAGAGCGGGGAGGUCCUGUGGGCACAGAAUUACGGCUCACCCGUGGUCGGCAUCUACGUGUGGCACCAGGACAGCCUGCGCCGCAUCCCCCACCUCAACCUGGCCAUGGAGACCCUGCGCUACCUGACCUUCCAGUCACAGGACAUCCACGUCCUCAAGUGGAGCUACCAGUCCGUCAAGGACUUUGCCACCACCAAGACCCAGCUGCUGCCAGCGCUCUAUGUGGGGAAGCAUGCGACCAGCUUCUACGCCCUGACGUCGCUGGUGCACGGCGGCGUGGCGCUGGUGCCCCAGGGCAUCACACUGGCCAGAAUCGACGGCCCCACCACGGACGACGUGACCUUGAGAGAGUCGGGGGAGUGCGAGAUCACGCCCAGCACCGACGUCAAGUACCCGCAGGGCAGCAUCACCGCGCUGCACAACCAGUGGCUCCUCAUAGGGCACCAUGAGCUGCCUCCUGUGGUCCACACCACAAUGCUGCGAGCCUUCCCAGAGAACCUGAGGAAGACCACGGAAACCAUCAUUCCCAGGGCUCCUCCUGCCAGGACUGUGUUUGAUGAUUUUCUGGCCCCGAGCAGCCCGGAGGAGCCAGGGAUCCGCAGCGAGAGGCAGCUCCAGCCAGACCCUGCACCAGGGGAGCAGGUGGAGGUGUAUCCCGAGGGCACCUGGGACCUGGUGAUGGCUGGUGUUGGCACAGCUCUGCUGGGUGGGGGAGUCCUGCUCCUCCUGCUCAUGAAACUGCAGCAGCAGCACGUGACGCAGCAGCAACAGCUGGAGGAGCAGAUCCAGCUCCUGCAGCAGCAGCAGGAGAUGCUGCUCCCAGGCCGGGUCUCCGGGGAGGGUGUUCCCUCAGGGCCUGGGAAGCCAGGGCUGAGCCAGGGAAGCACAUCAGAGCUCUCACAGAGCGCCCACCUCUCAACCUGCCCAGAGGACCCGGCAAAUGGGAUGGUCAGCCUGGGUCCGGCUGUCCCAGAGGCUGCUGCAGAUGCAGAGCCAGACCUGGUUGUAGUUGGGAAAGUUUCUUUUAACCCCAAGGAUGUGCUGGGCCAUGGAGCUGGAGGAACUUUUGUCUUCAGGGGGCACUUCGAGGGACGAAAUGUGGCCGUGAAGCGGCUCCUGCCCGAGUGCGUCCAUCUGCUCGACCGGGAGGUGCAGCUGCUCCGCGAGUCGGACGAGCACCCCCACGUUGUGCGCUACUUCUGCACGGAGAAGGACAGGCAGUUCCACUACAUCGCCAUCGAGCUCUGCUCUGCCACACUGCAGGAGUAUGUGGAGAGCCCCAGCUUCAACCGGCGGGGGCUGGACCCAGUGUCGCUGCUGCGUCAGACCAUGUCGGGGCUGGCCCAUCUCCACUCCCUCAGCAUCGUCCACCGUGACCUGAAGCCCUGUAACAUCCUCAUCUCUGCCCCAAAUCGCCACGGGCAGAUCCGCGCUGUCAUCUCAGAUUUUGGCCUCUGCAAGAAGCUUCAGGGGGGACGACAGAGCUUCAGUCUCCACUCUGGUAUCCCUGGCACUGAGGGCUGGAUCGCGCCCGAGGUGCUGCAGGAGGCCCCGAAGGAGAACCCUACCAGCGCCGUGGACAUUUUCUCAGCUGGCUGUGUCUUCUACUACGUGGUGUCGGGGGGGCAGCACCCCUUUGGGGACAGCCUGCGGCGCCAGGCCAACAUCCUGGCAGGCUCCUACCAGCUGAACUGCCUGCAAGAGGAGGCUCACGACAAGCUUGUGGCGAGGGAGCUGAUAGUGGCGAUGAUCAGCCCUGAACCCCAGCGCCGGCCAUCGGCCCCUGUGGUCCUUGUGCAUCCCUUUUUCUGGAGUCAGGAGAAGCAGCUGCAGUUUUUCCAGGAUGUCAGCGACCGCGUGGAGAAGGAGCCAGCUGAGGGUCCUAUCGUGUCGGCCCUGGAAUCAGGGGCUCGGGCAGUGGUGAGAACCAACUGGAGGAUGCACAUCUCCCUCCCACUGCAGAUGGACCUGAGGAAGUUCCGCACCUACAAGGGGGGGUCGGUGCGUGACCUACUGCGGGCCAUGAGGAACAAGAAGCACCACUACCACGAGCUGCCAGCCGAGGUGCAGGCAGCCCUGGGCUCUGUCCCCGAGGGCUUCGUGCAGUACUUCACCUCGCGCUUCCCGCGGCUGCUGCUGCACACGCACGGGGCCAUGCGGGUCUGCGCCCACGAGCGCAUCUUCCACCCCUACUACUGCCAGGGGCUGCGGGGUGACGGCGUCUGAGGGGGACACGCUGGGAUGGCACCGCGAGGCUGCUGUGGCCGCUCCUCCCUGCCCGUGCCCCAGCCCUGGGGGCUCUUGGAGUCCUUCUGCCCCUCCCCAGGGCCAGAGAGGUGCCCAGCAUACGGGGGUUGCCAGCAGCUCAGUGUGAAGAGGUGGGCACAGGGCAACACUGUGCCUUUGCCUGGGGUCUCCUGAGCCCAAGAGGGACCCCCUGGGCAGUCACCUUUGCAAACACUCACAGUCAGACUCAGGGGCCUGAAGGCAGAGAACAAAGACCUCUCUGGGGUGGACUCCGUGCUUGGAGAAAGAGGAAAAUGCAAGUUGUUUUCCCAUGGGCAGGGGCAGCGAUGCCCUGGCACAGCGAGGCCCUCAGGCCGCACUGGUCCUGGUGGGAUGUGCACCAGGGAUCAACAAACUUUGUCCAGGGCAUUCUCCCGUGCCACGUGCCUGGGAACACAGCUGUUUGAGCUGUGACCAGGACCAGUACCCCAGUCUCGACGCUGGAGCUGAGCCCUCAGCCCCACUGGGGGCUGUGCUCGGCCAGGCAGUGCUGAGCAGCCACACCCAACUGGGACUUGCCUGUUGUAUUCUGGCUUGCAAGGGCGUAGCCCUGUGGCACUUGGGGGGGCCUCCAGCACAGCCCCUGAAUGAAGGUUUGAAUCUCAGCUGGGCUGAGAACAAGGUUGUCUCCCUUUCAGUCCCCAGCAGCCUGUACCUGUGCCAGGCCUGAGCCCCUGAGCAGGUCACACAGCAGUUCGGGAGCAGCUGUCUCUGGGCACAAAGCAGGGAACUCACUUUUCCCUAGGGAUUCCUUCCCUCAAACAGGGCUGUGCCUGAAGCUCCCCCAGCCUCUUCUGCUGCCCCAGGCCCACGUCCCGUGGGUGCUCUGGUUCAUGGCAUGCCCAUGGGCACGUGUUCCCUAUGAGCCAGCUGCCAAUACUGACUGGGUGCACAGGCACACGAAGCCCCAUGGCAAAGUUCCUCUGUGGAACAGCAAUAGUUUUGUACAGUCUGAUUCCUGUGGGUGCGGGGAUGUGGGAUUUUGUUACACAGGUAACAGGGUUCGUACCUGGUUUCUAUUCAGAAUAUAUUUAUACAAAAUGUUAUAAAAAAAACCCUUGUCCUGCUUAAAGAUAAAUAGGCCUGAGGGCACCUGUGGGUGCUGGCAGGGAGCAGUGUGGGGAAGACCUGGAGGUCAGUGGGGUCCUGCAGGAGUCUGCUACAGAUGACUUCUGCUGAGGCUGCAGUCAUAAUCAGUAACCAUGUGGUAAAAUAGAGCCAAACAUCUGCGAAAGGGGAAGGUUCCCCAACACUGGAGAAGUAAACUCACCCCCCUUUCUCUGAUCCCAAGACCAUCUCCCAAAACCACUUACUCCCUUCCCCACUUCCCAUCACCCUCUGCCAGUUUCCCUCUUGCUCCUUGUCAAGGGGAGCAGAGAGAGGCACACCCAGCCCCUGGCUGAAGUAAGGGUAGGAGGAUGGUUCUCAGUCAGAGGGGAAGUCAACAAACUGAAGGGAACUGCGACAGGCUGGAUGCUGCAGCAAACAAUCUUUAAUCAAGUUAUGCAAUAUACAAAAGUUGAGGUUUCAUGUAGCUUCAGUAUUAAAAGGCCGACUGCUCGGUCUCACCCUGGGCAUGUUCAAUACCCUACCUGAGCUUCUACAAGAGGAACCGAAGCCCAAGGCACGAGUGCUGCCACGUAUGGACACCUCACAUGACAUCUCCGCUCUCCCCCUGCUCUGCUCUCUCGAGAGCAGGCCCAGGUACCUCAAACAAGAGGGCUGGUUUGGAGCCAGGCUUUUGGCCUUGGGAAGUUAGAAAAACAGACUAGGUAGGGAAUUAAAAACCACACUCCAUUAGGAGUGAGGAUCAAGAAACCUUUGGGCGUCAGUCAGAGGGACCA